AUGACGCCAGAGAGAAGACGUGACAUUGUUGAGCGUCUUGGCUAUUGUACAAAUUGUUUGGCUCGAAGCCAUACUAUAAGGUCGUGCACCUCGAUGGAGUCUUGCAUAAAAUGCAACCAACUCCACCACACCAUGUUGCAUCCAUCGAGGACACGCAGCCCAUCGCCCAACAUGUCCACCGUCAGCAGUCGACGCAAUCGGGAUACCGAGACCCAGAUAGAACCGCACCAACAACCACUUCAACAUCAUCAUCAACAUCGUCAAAGUCAUCAUCAGCGUCGUCAACAUCAUCAUCAGCAUCGUCAACACCGGAACAAUCAUCCUCGUCAGCCACAUCAUCGUCGUCAUCAACGCCAACAGCCACAUCAUCGUCGUCAUCAAACUCAACAACGUCAUCAAACUCAACAACAUCAACUUCAACAAUCACCAGCUCCAGUUGUUUCAACUAUCACACCACCAGUGCCAGAUCAACAUAUCUUGGCUGAAGCUAUAAAAUCGCUGGCCAACGUAUUAUGCUUUCAAAGCAAGCCAGAAUAA